AUGAGGAAGGUCUCAUUGUGUACAAAUGGGUUUCGGAAGCUGGACCUGAGCAACAAUUUAUUAGAAGGGAAGCUGCCAAUGGAACUGGGGAAGCUCAAGAAUUUGACCCUCUUGGACAUGAGGAACAACAAGCUCUCUGGUGGGUUGACUCGGUCACUCGAAUCAAUGUGCUCACUGCAAGAGCUGAUCUUGGCCAACAACCCGAUAGGAGGGGACCUGAGAAUCCUAGAGUGGGAAAAAUUGCAGGGCCUGGUCGCUUUGGACCUUUCACAGACGGGUUUAACAGGGGACUUUCCAGAGUCGAUCUCUAAGCUGAAAAACCUCAGGUUUCUGGGUCUUAGCAACAACCACCUCGGUGGUCACAUCUCACCAGAAUUGGCAACAUUGCCCAGCAUCAAUGCUCUGUACCUAAACGGCAACAACUUCACCGGGGAGCUCGAAUUCUCUAAAUGGUUCUAUGGAAAGAUGGAGAGGCGCUUCGGGGCCUGGGACAAACCUGGCCUGUGUUACCGGACUGAGUCGCUAUCCACAAGCCACAAGCCAUUUGGGGUCAAGCCCUGUCAGGAACAGGGCAUUGGGGUUGAUAAGCCCACCUCAGAGGCCAAGUUGGGUGGUAGCCGAGUGGGGCAAAAUGUCCAUUUCAUGGCAUCUUUGGGAUGUUCAAGGCAUGGUGGUGGUUAUUACGGGUUCUGGGGUCCUUUUCUGUUGGAGGUAGCAAUGUUGCUGCUUAUUGUUGUGAAGAGUUGCUAG